CUGGCGAAGUCAGAUGAUCCUUGGAUCAGCUUGGCUUUGUAAUGAAGUCUAUAUACAUUUAAUGUUCCGGUAUCUGACAAAUAUUAUUGGACCAAUAAUUCCACUACACUAGCUAGAUACGUUAGCUUACUAGGUACAUUGAUAGCUUUAGGUUGUUUGUUUUUAAGUUAAACUUCAAGAUUUCCACCAAGGACGUUGCCUCUACGAUCAUCACUCUCCCUCGCUUGGGCAAGGGACAUUUUAAGGUACACUCGGAUGUAAAACGCAAUUCAAGGACUGAGGGUUUAAGGCCGAGGGUUGUUGAGUUUGAAACUCAGCUGGAAGACAAUCGGGAAGAGGCAAGAUCAGGACAAAGCUAGCCCGUCCCCCUCCACCCUCCAGGAGUCCCCAGGUCAACCGCCUCUCCGUACUUUACUGCUGGUUCUGGUCGACUGCAGGAAAACACCAGGGCAGAGUGGAACUGAGAGAGAAGAGGAACAUGGAGAUAUGAUUUCAUUAAGUAAAAACCAUGGGGACAUCCCUAAUCGUUGCUCUCUUAGUGGGAGGGGCUUAUCAUCUGGGGAGCCUCAACAACAUGAUGCUGACAAGAAAGAGAAGAGUCUCUCCAGAUCAGAACACAUCAAGAAACACCAGCAGACACGUAUAGGGAAGAAACCUCACCACUGCUGCUCUGACUGUGGGAAGAGAUUUGCUAAACAGGACGUGACAAUUCAUGAGCAAAUUCACACUCUAGAGCAUGAUUCUAAAACCUUAAAAUCUCAUCUGAGAAUUCAUUCAGGGGAGGGACCUUAUACCUGCUUUGAUUGUGGGAAAUACUUAAAUCAGUCAGGAGCCCAGACUAAACACAAACACACAGGAGAGAAGCCUUAUAGCUGUGAUCAGUGUGGGAAGAGUUUCAGUGAAUCAGGAUCCAUGAUUAAUCACCAACGCAUACACACAGGAGAGAAGCCUUAUAGUUGUGAUCAGUGUGGGAAGAACUUCAAUCAGUCAGGACACCUGACUAAUCACCAACGCAUACACACAGGAGAGAAGCCUUAUAGUUGUGAUCAGUGUGGGAAGAACUUCAAUCAGUCAGGACACCUGACUAAACACCAACGCAUACACACAGGAGAGAAGCCUUAUAGCUGUGAUCAGUGUGGGAAGAGUUUCAGUGAAUCAGGAUCCAUGAUUAAUCACCAACGCAUACACACAGGAGAGAAGCCUUAUAGCUGUGAUCAGUGUGGGAAGAGUUUCAGUGAAUCAGGAUCCAUGAUUAAUCACCAACGCAUACACACAGGAGAGAAGCCUUAUAGCUGUGAUCAGUGUGGGAAGAGUUUCAGUGAAUCAGGAUCCAUGAUUAAUCACCAACGCAUACACACAGGAGAGAAGCCUUAUAGUUGUGAUCAGUGUGGGAAGAGUUUCAGUGAAUCAGGAUCCAUGAUUAAUCACCAACGCAUACACACAGGAGAGAAGCCUUAUAGUUGUGAUCAGUGUGGGAAGAGUUUCAGUGAAUCAGGAUCCAUGAUUAAUCACCAACGCAUACACACAGGAGAGAAGCCUUAUAGUUGUGAUCAGUGUGGGAAGAACUUCAAUCAGUCAGGACACCUGACUAAUCACCAACGCAUACACACAGGAGAGAAGCCUUAUAGCUGUGAUCAGUGUGAGAAGAGUUUUUCUCAAGAUUCCACCCUGACUACACACCAGCUCACAUACACUGGAGAGAAACCUUAUUCCUGUCUAUGUGGAAAGAGCUUUGCUCAUUCAGGGUCACUGAAAAAACACCAGAAAACACAAACAUGUUUUCUUUCAUCUCGUUUCUCUCCGGCACCGGUUCCAGAUCCCUAAAUAACAUUUCAAUAGAAAAUAUAUUUUAAAGAGUUAUCUGUCUCACAUUCUCUAACAGUUUAAGUCUGAUUACCAUGGUAACCUGUGUAGCAUAAUAUGGAGCUCUGGAUCCCUAUGUAUCAAUCGUCUUGGAGUGGUGUGUGUGUGUGUGUGUGUGUGUGGAGGGGAGGAGGUGUUCAGAGAUGUAUCUUAUUUUAUUAACUCAUAUUAUCCAUUAAAUAAUGUUUCACCAAUAGUAGGUGUAUAUUCAUGUGUGGGGGAAAUGUUGUCUUUAGAGAGAGCCUUGAAUUGUACAUCUUGUCUCAUACAAUCAUUGGUUCCUGUAGGUGCUGGGUAGAGAUAUGAGGGGGAGACAGUCAGACCUUUUGGCAAAAUGCCCAGAACAUGUUCUAUAAAUUACAUGCAGGAAUCAAACGUUAAGGAUGAAUAAUGUAAGUCAUGCAAAUAUAACUUGUCUGUUUCAGCAGUAUAUAAGAGAACUAACGUGACUGCCCCGAAAGAGCUCCCAAACGAUGUGUACUAUGGUGCAGUAAGUUUGUUGCAACCUCUCCAGCUUGCUGAUAAUAAAGAAUGAUUCAUUUAGGUUUA